AUGGCACUUCACCACCUAUACAACCUCCUACUUCCCCUCAACAUCCUCGCUCUCUUCACACUCCUCACCCUCCUCACUUUCAUCCCCACCUCCCACAGCGCCUCAUGCACCCAGGACCAAAUCUCCCGCAUGGACGUCAUGACGGGCUGCGACUGCGUCGGCUCCUCCAGCAGCGCCGGCUGCGGGCCCUGCCCCGUCUCCUGCGGCGGGAUCCUGCAGAUCAUCCCCGACGGGCAGCUCGCCGCGUGCGGGCACGGCUGCGUCGAGUCCAACAGCAUCUGUUCGGCCUGCAACCUAUUUUUCGGGGGGCUUUGCACAUGCAUCCACCGGCUCGAGAACGGGCUUGUGACGAACUGCAUCGCCAGCGACCCUCCUUCGCCCAACAAGGGCUCUCCGAUCUGGAUGCUCCUGAACUCGCACCUGCUCGUGACCACCACGCAACUUAUCCCCGGGAUUUUGGAACUCGACCAAGCCCCCGACCCGGACGGCGGGUGGAGGCUUGCGCAGGAAAACUACGAUCGCGCUGCGGGCGCGCUGGCGAUGAAUUCCGUGGCGUCGCGCACCGAAGAGCAGAUCCAUAUCCACUUAUGCGUGCCCCAGAAGCAGACGAUUCGGGAUAUCCUGUCGGGGCUGGAUCGCGCUGAUUAUACCAAGCUGAAAUAUGUCCCCGGGCUGCCGAAUGGCUGGGAUAUGGUGUGCAGAGUGUCCCCGACCCAGGGCAGCCCGAUCAAUGUGGCGUCCACGAUUGAGACUUUUUUGAGCACGGCGGGAGGGUGUAAUCCGUAUUUUGCGGGGGCCGGGGUCAUGACGGAUUCGAAUGAUUAUACGUGGGCGUGUAUCACCACGACGGCGACUGCGACGGAGAAGGUUUUUUGCUAUCCUUAA